UAGGGGUAACGGCGGGACGUGCCCCACGGCAGCGGGGGGCUCUAUGACGGGCCAGAAGCCCGGUGACUAGCUGCUUCUCUAAGGCCUGACACAAGUGACGCCACACGCAGGCGCUGGCCAGCCCCUCCCCCCCCUUCCCCAGUCCCCGCCCAGGCCGAGGCCUCUCCAGCUGUCACGCGGCUCCGGCCCCCGCCCGUCCCUCGCCAGGGCCAGCCGCCAGGCAGGGAAGUGUCGCAACGCCUGACAGGAAACUUUGCCGUGGGUACGACAGCGGCGGGCUCGCUUUCCGGCCGCUGGAUGAGUGGAGAGUGGGAGCCGAGGAGGAGCUGACGAGACGCUGGGGACAUGGCCGAGGUACCUCCCGGGCCGAGCAGCCUCCUGGCCCCGCCGGGGGACGCCCUCUCCCCCUUCCCCGGAGGAGGGGGGGCCGCCGCCUGCCCCGGGGCCCUGGACGAGGAGGAGGAAGAGGAGGGCGGCCAGGAGCCGCCGCGAGGCGGCGGCGGCAAGGGGGGGCCGCAGCCGCCGCCGCCGCAGCAGCAGCACCGCCUCCUCCUCCACCACCACCACCACCCGCCGCAUCACAACCACCAGCUCAACGGCCUCAUCAGCCCCGAGCUGCGGCACCUCCGAGCCUCCCUCAAGAGCAAGAUCCUGGGCUCGGAGGGGGCCGAGGGGCCGGAGAACAAGCGAGCCGGCAAAACAAUGGGCUCCGGACAGCCGCCGCCUGCCGCAGCCCCUUGCUCGUCCCACCUCCCGGAGCCCCAGGUGAGGACUGCGCCCCCGGCAGCCCCAGGGGACAGGAGCCAGCCUGCGACUGCCACUGCAGCCCGCAAUGGACUGGCUGGGGGGCCCGGCCUGGAGGAGGACGAGCCGGAGGAGGAGGAGUCCCUGCUGCUGCUCUCCACAUCCUUAGCAGCAGCCUGCAGUUUGAAAGGCUCGGGGACGGACUCUCCUCCCGAGGAGGACCUAACGAUACGAUACGUCCGGUAUGAGUCCGAGCUGCAGAUGCCCGAUAUCAUGAGACUGAUCACCAAAGAUCUGUCUGAACCCUACUCCAUUUACACGUAUAGGUAUUUUAUCCACAACUGGCCACAGCUUUGCUUUUUGGCCAUGGUAGGUGAGGAGUGUGUAGGUGCCAUCGUCUGCAAGUUGGAUAUGCACAAAAAGAUGUUCCGCAGAGGUUAUAUAGCCAUGUUAGCAGUGGAUUCCAAAUACAGAAGAAAAGGCAUUGGUACAAAUUUGGUUAAGAAAGCUAUUUAUGCCAUGGUUGAAGGAGAUUGUGACGAGGUUGUCUUGGAAACAGAGAUCACAAACAAGUCUGCUUUGAAACUUUAUGAAAAUCUUGGUUUUGUGCGAGAUAAGAGGCUGUUCAGAUACUAUUUAAAUGGAGUUGAUGCACUGCGUCUUAAACUGUGGCUGCGUUAAAAGAAACCAUCACAUCAAUCAACUGACUUCCCAACAACACAGAGUUGUCCUUUGCAUGCAAUGCAAUUUGUACAGAAUUGCUUUGCAGGUGGACUUUGUAAUUUCCAUGCAGCUCUUAUCUGUCAGUGUCUCAUUGAGUGUCGCACAUAUUUGUUGCACUUUGGCAUGGCGCAUUUGUUCUGAAUUAAAACAGAUUGUUUCAAACUUCGAGUUCUUUUGGUACCAGCAAGAUGUGCCAGUUGAUAGCCAAGAUAUGUUCAUUCAUUUGCAAGUCUACUGACUGUAUUACAUACAUAGUGAACACUUGAUCAAAGAAACUGUAUGUGGAACGCAACGCUUGGUUCCAGAAAAAAGCCAAUGUAGAUUGUAAAAUUCUAUAAGUAUACUAACAUUUCAUACAAAACUUGCCAUAGUUUUCUGGAAAAAGGCUUCAAUUUUAGGUUUUAUUUUCAAUAUUGACUUUUCCAUUCUUAAAUAUUGGUACCUCAGUGAUUAGUGAAUGAAAAAAUGUAUUGUAGGGUGGGGUGUGUGUUACAAUGAGUAACAGUAACAAUUAAAUUGCGUCUGCCAGUGCCUGUAUAGAUAAGUAUAUUUGUCUUCACCUCUAAUUUUUGAGUGCAUGCUUUUUUUCUUUUACUUUUUUCAAUUGUCUUUGCAAGCAAACUUCUGCUUUUAUUUAAAUUCUGAAUUUGAUAAUAAAUUAUUUCAGAUUUUUAUAAUUUGGAUACUUCUCCCAGAAAAGGGUUUGGAAAGCCCGUCUUUUCUUAUAGCAAGAAGUGUUAAGCUAUUUUGAAAAACCUUGAGUAGCUGCUAAAAAAAGAACCUGAUGUUCACCAGUAAAUCUCUGCUGGUUUUGGAUGCACUUUUUCUUUAAAAGAGGGAUUUUAAAAAAGUAUAUAGAAAAUUAAUGUAAAUUGGUAUGAUUUUAUUUAAUCAAAAUUAUCACUAGAAGCUCUGAGGAACAGCUUUUUUAAAAUAGAACAAUUUUUUUCACUUUGAUUUGGAUUCAGAUUGCUUUGCUUCAGUGUUCUAAAAUGCUUCAAUCUUCGGUUCUAGAUCUUUGAAAUAAAUGUCAAGGUGUAUUGUAUCCAUUUUUAGCUGCUCUCACCUUCUCAAAACUUAUUUGAGAUAAGUUAUGGGGGGGGUCUUUUUUUUUCCGCCCUGCCCCUUUAAAAUAAAUGUAGCAGGGAAGGGACUUCCCUUUUUUAAAUGGGAUACAUAGGUCUUACCAAAAGCCGUCAACUUGUUCAGCGGUAAUGCUGUGUUUAUGCUCUCCUGAUUGACCAGUGUGAUAUAUGACCAACUUUAUAAAUGGAUUGUAUUUCAUCCUGAAAAAAGAUGACAUUGGUUUAUUUAUAUAAAUGGAAGAACCUAGGCAACCCAUGAAAAAAAGAUGAACUCUCAAUGAGUCUGCUCUUCUGUACUGAGUGUAAUCUUCAGAUUUGCCUUAUUACACUGUGUUUUUAGGGUUUGGUUAGAGUCAUGUUUUUUAAUUGUUAUAAUUACUGUACAUUUAAAAACCCUACCUCCUGUAAUGUUUGGAAAAGAUCCCCUUGCAGGAAAACUGGAUUUAAAGGAAAGCCAGCCUUAUUUUGCACAGACGAACGUUCACAUGGUGACAGGCAUUUCUCACCAUGUACAAAUUGUGAAUUGUAUUUGAAAAUAAAGAUUUUUUUAAAUUAAAAUUGGCACGUGGAAGUUCUCUGCUUGUGGACACCAUUUGUGCUUUUCACUUUUUCCAUUUCAAAAAUGAAAUGAAUCCUCUAAAAUGGUGCCAGAAUCAAUGUAAAUUGAAGACUCUUAUUUACAGAACAGGUAUGUUAUGGUCAGCGGCAGUGCAUGUUUCUACCAUACUGCCCUGUAAUGUAAUUCAUGCUUGUUCUGAUUCAAAAACUUCUAGGGAUAAGAAUAUUGUUGACUCUGCUUAAUCAAUCAUUGCUUGGCCUCUUGUGAAUAUACUGUCAAUAGGUGCCAAUUGUAGUUAAGAUUUCAGUGAUAUGGACUUCAGUCCACUAGAAACUGAACCGUCACCACAAACUUGUUUCCAAUAUGUGUUUUGGUGUCCUAUCAAAUGGUAACUGCUUUGGUUCAUUUGGCACUAAUAUCCAGAGAGGAGAUACUUCAUGUCCCGUUACCAACUGUUGGAGACUAUGUAGGGGGUCCAGUGUUGGAAAUUGCAAACCAGUCUGUCUUGUUUCAUUGUUUAAAAAACAGCAAAAGAGAAGUCCUUUGCUGGUCAAAUCUGAAAACACCUACUAUUUUAAAUAUUAAAAGCAGAUUAAAACCUAGCUUACAAUAGCUCAUACAGGCUGUUGCACAAAUACCACUUUUGAGCAAAAUUCAAAUACAAUUCCGUCUAGCCGUGGCAAGAAGUGGUUCUCACCAUGCAAACUUUCAGAAUGCUGAGCAAAAUGGGUGCAACUUUCUUUUAAAAGUGUGCUGUCUACAAUAGUCUAAUAUUGCUACUGUAUCACACAGCGCUCACUACAGAAGAUACUGAAGCUGUACACAUUGGUAUUCAAAAAACUGGUAGUCUCACUUUGUAGCAUGGGGGGAAUGUCAUUAACAUGAAAACAGUUCAAAUAUACUUCAAAUAGAGUCUAGCAAAAAAAGGCAUAAUCAGGGUUUCUUGGGGUUCUUUGUCUUUGUUGCCAAGACAUGGUCCCUGCCCCUUUUUGCAUUGACAAAUCUAAACUAAGGAGUUGGUAUUAAGUCACUUUUAUGUUUAACUUUGUAUUGCCUGAAAGACUAUUCGCUGACAUGUCAGAGAUGUGUGCAUUACAGUGCUUAAAAAAGAAAAAAAGUUACGACUGUCAGGCGCACCACUAAUCUAAUUGGCAUUGCAUAGCACAUCACAGUUUCAGUGCACCACAAGACAUCACUAAAACGGAGUGCUAAGUUACCAGGUUUUCAGGUUUUAUAGAAAUGCGACCAUAAAUUAUAUUGGAGUUCGGGGCUCAGGCGGGUAGCUAAAAAAUAUCAAGUGUAUCUCAAAAUAUUGGACUGCUGUUUUGAGUGGAUUAUGUUCUUCUGUCCUUUAUCCUUUGGCAAGAACAAGAACCAGUGGGGUUAUGGAAUGUGCAAGCUGUCUAAAUAAGAUGCAGUCAAAUAAAAUAUGGUUAAGUUGUUUAUGCA